AGCAAGAAAAAAAUAAAGUCACCUCAGGAUCACACCACUUAAAACCAGAGGUAUACUUCAAAUUCUACUUGUAUUUCAAUCUCAAACCCUCAAGUAGAUACUGUAAAAGCGCUGACUUUCCACAGCAGUAAAGGUAAGAAAUGCAAACAUACAGUUUUAUACUCAUGCCCUCAUUGCUGUGCUGCCUAGCACCUCCCUUCCUGUACAGCAAGGACUCUGUUGGGCUGUAAGAAAUGAAGGCACCCGCAAAAACACACUCACCUGCAGCAGAUGGAUAACCAGAAGAACAGCAUGCCACUAAAUGCAUCAAGAAAAAAACCCAGCCCUGUUCUUGACCGCAACCACCCUGGAAUUUCAGCCGGCACCUGGCCUCAUGCCAAAGACAUGUGGUGGGAACAGAUUUCGGAUGGCUCUUUCAGAAUUGACAGAAUAAAACCCCCGCUCUUCUCAUUAUCAUCUCUCAGGAGACAACCUCACAGCAAUAUUAUUUUUUGACUCUGAAGAGUCCUGGGCCCUUUCUCAUCUCAUUCCUGCAACAGCCCUUGUACUGCAGCAGCUGUCUGUUCCCUGGGGGCUGGUUAACACCCAUUUAGAGGUGCAGUUGCCAAAAUCAAGCAGAACUUCCCCAAAAGGUGCAGGCAGCACAUGCAGCUUCACAGAGCUACCAACUGGCCAGUUCCAAAAUUGUCCCUCCCAGCAAGAAUCGGUUUCUGGGGCAGAGGAAGCAGGAUGCCACUUCUCCACACGAGGAAAAAUACAAAGAGUAGAAUAAGCAAAACAGCACGAGGGGUUUACUCGCUGGCCUCCUCCAAGCAAAUGUCAUCCCUUUUAUUACAGCCCCGGGUUCUAACAGACAGGAAUACAAUGCCAGCAAGCAAGAAGGGGGCACCUGGAAAAUGACUUUCCCUAACAGAGUUUAGAGACACAAAUUCCAUUUACUCUUAAUGUGCUUCAGUGACUAAAGCCUUCACAGUUCCCAGGCUUCCACUGUGGAAACAAAGGCCCUAAAAACUCAUUUCUUAAAAUAACGUCUUUUGUCCAGCUUGUGGUAAGGAGGGUCUGGGUUUUUGUUAAAGGAAUGCAUUCAUUUGCGUACCAAAACUAGAAAUCCGUUGGAUUUUGAGGACAACUUAGAAAAAAUGUUUUCUUUGCAUGCUUGUACUAUUUCACAUUACUGUUUCUAAAUGAUACAGCAAAAGGGGACCUGCCAAAUUUGCUGGCCCCAAGACAGUAAAGGCAGCUAUGGAUUAGCUUUUUUCUUUUUACUACCUUGUGCUUUCUUGGACAUCAAAUCUAAAUUCAACUAGGAAGGCAGGGGAACAUACAGGUUUAAAAUGGCAUUCUUUAAUCAAAUUAAUGAUAAAUGGUUUAAUGUGCUAUUGAUUAUAUAAUAGAAAUGAGCAGUUUCAUUUUUCAUGAAUGCCACGUUCAAUAAAAUGUUAGAUUGGGCAUUUCAUCAUCAUUGAAUAGCUCAGGUCAUUUGUUCAAUAUUUCAUGAGCAAUAGCCUCUUAGAAACCGCUAAAGAAAUACUGACAUCAUUUCAAAUUGCAAUGAAAUACAUAAGUCAGUAAUAAUCAUAUGUAAGUUACAUUUUUAUUACCAAAAUUCCGGGCAAAAUUAAAAGGCGUCCCAUCUCCAUGCUUGGGGUUUAAACAGCUUCCUUUAACCUCUCAAACUUUCCACCACAUUUUUAGUGGACUGAAAUCUAUAAAAGAUUAAAUGUUUACAUACAUGCAUACACAAAACCUGCUGCUUGGCAGUCUUACUCUCCUCAUUGGGGCUGCAAAGUUCAGUGGUUAACUAUUAUUUUAAGCUCAGCUGCCACAUCACACAAAGUUGGCUCAGCAUACAGCAGUGCAAGUUCACUGCAUUCCACCGCUCGCGCAGGAUAGUACAACUGAAUUUAAUUAGCAAGGGGUAAUUAACAAAGCAACUACUACUCUCAGUUGGAACUACUCCCUUGAAGACCAUUUUAACUUGGUUUCCAGCUCCCUGCUGUACCAAACCCAAAUGUUUCAGCCUCUACCGAAGAGCUGGGAGCCUAGCUAAGUUAACGAUUAAGCCUUCGCUGUUAAAUCUCCCAAGCAGUGGCAGUCCUCGUUUGAUUUCUGCCUUUCUUCCAACUUCUACGUCUGCACACUGCUGACGUUUGGGAGGGUGAGUUACAACAGCUGUUGAGUGAUCUAAAAGUACGGCCCACCGGCUUUUAACAAGGCCGGGGCCAGAGUCGCACGGAAAUUUUUCUAAAAAGAGCAUGGUCCAUUGCAUGGCAUUGGAUCGUUUCACAAACAGGGUGACUGCCGCACCUCUUCCCUUCAGAAAUGCAAAAGAUUUCCACAAGCGAGACACAGGAGAUCGCCACUGCGGCCGGAGGAAACAGCAACAUGAAUUCAUAGAUGAUGAGUAGGAUGCCAAAGCCAGAGAUGACAGUGCUCUUGAAGAAAUGCUGGGUAGAACAAAAAGAUGAUCAUGGGAACAGCAAUGGCAGUCAUGUAAAAAUCUUUUUACCGAAGAAGCUGCUUGAAUGUCUACCAAAAUGUUCAAGUUUACCGAAAGAGAGGCACCGCUGGAACACUAAUGAGGAAAUUGCAGCUUAUUUAAUAACGUUUGAAAAGCAUGAAGAAUGGCUAACAACUUCCCCUAAAACAAGACCGCAGAAUGGUUCUAUGAUCCUGUACAAUAGAAAGAAGGUGAAAUACAGGAAAGAUGGAUAUUGCUGGAAAAAAAGGAAAGAUGGGAAAACCACCAGAGAGGAUCACAUGAAACUGAAAGUCCAAGGAGUGGAGUGCUUGUACGGCUGCUACGUCCAUUCCUCCAUCAUCCCCACGUUUCACAGAAGGUGCUACUGGCUUCUGCAGAACCCAGACAUCGUGUUGGUGCACUACCUGAACGUCCCUGCCAUUGAGGACUGCGGGAAACCAUGCGGCCCCAUCUUGUGCUCAAUAAACACAGACAAGAAGGAAUGGGCAAAGUGGACAAAAGAGGAACUCAUCGGACAGCUCAAACCGAUGUUUCAUGGCAUUAAGUGGACAUGCAGCAAUGGAAACAGCAGUUCAGGGUUCUCGGUGGAACAGCUCGUGCAGCAGAUCCUUGAUAGUCACCAGACCAAACCGCAGCCUCGGACACACAACUGUCUUUGCACUGGUACCUUGGGGGCAGGAAGCAGUGUGCAUCACAAGUGUAACAGUGCCAAACAUCGCAUCAUAUCACCAAAGGUCGAACCAAGGACAGGUGGGUACAGCGCUCAUUCAGAGGUACAAAAUAACGAUGUCUCUGAAGGCAAGAAUGAGCACAGUCAUGGCAAGGCCUCCAGCCGAGAGAAGAGGAACGGCAAAGUGGCGAAACCAGUGUUGCUCCAUCAAAACAGCACUGAGGUUUCUUCCACCAACCAGGUGGAGGUCCCUGACACGACCCAGAAUUCUCCUGUGUCCAUCAGCAGUGGAUUAAAUAGCGACCCGGAUAUGGCAGAUAGCCCGGCUGUCACUGGUGUGUCCAGUAUGGCUGUAGCAUCAGUUAUGGGAAGCUUGUCACAAAGUGCCACCGUAUUUAUGUCGGAAGUCACCAGUGAAGCUGUGUAUACCAUGUCACCCACCUCUGGCCCAAAUCAACACCUUCUGUCCUCAGAUGCAGCUGCACAAGGACUGGUACUUGCUGUGAGUUCAGAUGGACACAAAUUUGCUUUUCCAACAACUGGCAGUUCAGAGAGCUUGUCGAUGCUACCCAGCACGGUCUCCGAGGAACUUGUGCUCUCCACAACUUUAGAUGGAAAUAGAAAAAUUCCAGAAACCACCAUGAAUUUUGACCCGGACUGUUUUCUUAACAAUCCCAAGCAAGGGCAGACUUAUGGUGGAGGAGGUAUGAAAAGUGACAGCAUCAGUACCAACAUAAGGCAGUCACCCACAACGGAACGUAGCUUCAACUUCAACACAACCCUCACAAAAGAAAUUAAAACUGAGGACACAUCUUUCGAACAACAGAUGUCCAAAGAAGCAUUUUCCUCCACUUCUGCAUCUAACACUCUCACCCUCACUACUGGUUCAGGUUUGCUUCCAUCUGGAGGAGGUCUGAGCCCAAGUACCACCCUGGAGCAGAUGGACUUCAGUGCCAUUGACUCCAACAAGGACUAUUCUUCCAGCUUCAAUCAGACCGUCCAGAGCCCUCACGUUCAUCAGACCCCUUCCCCCAGCUUCUUUCUGCAGGAUGCCAGCAAACCUCUUCCCCUUGAGCAAAACGCUCACAACAAUUUGAAUGACACAAGUGGCUCAUUUGUGAACACGUUAGGAAUCCCCAGUGUGAAAACAGAGUCCUCGUCCCAAACUACUUCCAACUGUAACGGCACAGUGGAAACCAGAAUAGAGUCCACCUCUUCUCUCCAGCUCAUGCAGUUCCAAGCAAACUUCCAGGCAAUGACUGCAGAAGCUGAAGUUCCCAUGGAGACCUCCCAGCAGGCAGAAGGGAAUGAAAAUCUACUUAAAUCAGGGGAUCUUCAAGCCUGCAGUACAGAGCAUUACUUGCAGCCCGAGGCCAACGGGGGUAUCAGGAAUGGGAACAAUCUCCCUAUUCUCCAAGGAAACAUGGUACAAGGACUCUAUCCUGUGGCCCACCCCAGCUUAAAUAACUCCUCCAACAUGGAGCUUAACUUGGACCACUUUGACAUCUCCUUCAGCAACCAGUUUUCUGAUCUAAUUAAUGAUUUCAUAUCAGUAGAAGGUGGGAGCAAUGCUCUUUAUGGACACCAGCUGGUGUCAGGUGACAGUGCCGGACUGUCUCAGCCUGAAGACAGUAACAGAGCAACCUACAACCAGGCUGAAAUGUGCAUUCCUUGCUGCAGUCCUCAGCAAGCCAACAUGCAGCUCAGCAGCACAGAGAACGGAGCCAGCACGAUGGCGUACAUGCAUGUGGCUGAGGUGGUCUCAGCAGCUGCAGCACAAGGCACUUUGGGGUUGCUACAGCAGAGUGGGCGCUUGUUCAUGGUGACAGAUUAUUCACCAGAAUGGUCUUACCCUGAGGGAGGAGUAAAAGUCCUAAUUACUGGUCCAUGGCAGGAAGCCAGCAAUAAUUACAGCUGUCUGUUUGAUCAGAUCUCAGUGCCUGCAUCUUUAAUUCAGCCAGGGGUACUGCGCUGCUACUGCCCAGCUCAUGACACUGGGCUCGUGACUUUGCAAGUUGCCUUCAACAAUCAGAUCAUCUCCAAUUCUGUGGUGUUUGAAUAUAAAGCCAGAGCUCUGCCAACCCUGCCUUCCUCCCAGCAUGACUGGCUGUCCUUGGAUGAUAACCAGUUCAGGAUGUCAAUAUUGGAGCGACUUGAGCAGAUGGAGAGGAGAAUGGCUGAAAUGACAGGCUCCCAGCAGCACAAGCAAGGAGUAGGAGGCGGGAGCAAUGGGAAUGGGAACGGAGGAACGCAGGUGCAGUGCGUUUCUGGGACUGGGACACUGGGCAGCUGCUUUGAGAGCCGCGUGGUGGUGGUGUGCGAGAAGAUGAUGAGUCGUGCUUGCUGGGCAAAGUCCAAACACUUGAUCCAUUCAAAGACUUUCCGAGGAAUGACACUGCUCCACCUAGCCGCUGCCCAGGGCUAUGCUACACUGAUCCAGACCCUCAUCAAAUGGCGCACCAAACAUGCAGACAGCAUUGAUCUGGAGCUGGAAGUUGACCCUUUGAAUGUGGAUCAUUUCUCCUGCACUCCUUUGAUGUGGGCAUGCGCCCUGGGCCACAUGGAUGCAGCCGUCGUGCUGUACAAGUGGGACCGCCGAGCCAUCUCUAUUCCUGACUCCCUCGGGAGACUGCCACUGGCCAUUGCCCGGUCUCGGGGCCACGUGAAGUUGGCAGAGUGCUUGGAGCAGCUGCAGCGAGAUGAGCAAACUCAGCUUGGGCAAACCCCCAGGAUUCAGUGCCCCUCGAGCACAGACUCCAACACAGAGAACUGGGUGUCCCAGUGGCACAGUGAGCUUAUUGCCUCUCAGGAGCCUCAGAAGGGAGUCACUGUGAUUUCCAGUACAAACACAGAGCUGAGACGACCAAGAUCAGAACCUUCCAGUUACUACAGUAGUGAGACUCAGAAAGAUUACCCUGCACCCAAAAAACAUAAGCUGAGCCCUGAAUAUUUUCAAGCCCGGCAAGAGAAGCUGCUUUCCACUGCGUUGAGCCUGGAACAGCCAAGCAUUAGGAAGCAGAACUCCAGCUCCAAGCAAUCCACCACUGAGACAAUCAGCCCCAGUGAAGGGAUCAGGGACUAUGGCCGGGAGCUCUCCCAGCACAUCCCAGAAGUUACUGGGUACCGAGGCUCUGGCAGCCAAGCAGGUGUCAAAUGGAACCCAAAAGACAUUUAUAUUGGUGUGUCUGCAGUGCAGGUGGCAGGGAGCCAGAAGGGAGCUGCCCUGGGGAAGGACACUGUAGCCCAUCGGCUACGCCAGCGAGAGCAGAUGAACGUGCUGAUGAUGGCUGACAGGGAGAUGGUGGAUGCAGAGCUCUUGUCCUAUAGGGACAAUGCAGGGGAUGAGGACUGCUUACACCACAUGGAUGACUUGCAGGUGAACAUGAUGACACUUGCAGAGCACAUUAUUGAAGCUACGCCUGACAGGAUCAAGCGGGAGAAUUUUGUGCCAAUGGAGUCACCACUGGUGGAGAGGACGGACAGUGCUGCCAUGAGCACCACGAUGAGCUGGCUGGCCAGUUACCUUGCUGAUGUCGAUCAUCUGCCGAGUGCUGCACAGAUAAGAAAUCUGUAUAGUGAACCCCUGACCCCUUCUUCGAACACCAGCUUGAGCCCUGCAGGCUCACCAAUCAGUGAAAUAGGUUUUGAGAAACCCAGCCUUCCCUCAGCAGCAGAUUGGUCUGAAUUUCUGAGUGCAUCCACCAGCGAGAAGGUAGAAAAUGAGUUUGCACAGUUAACUCUGUCUGAUCAUGAGCAGAGAGAACUCUAUGAAGCUGCCAAACUCGUCCAGACAGUGUUCAGGAAAUACAAGGGUCGUCCUCUCCGGGAACAGCAAGAGGUGGCUGCCGCUGUUAUUCAGCGUUGCUACCGAAAAUACAAACAGCUUACUUGGAUAGCCUUGAAGUAUGCACUUUAUAAAAAGAUGACGCAAGCUGCCAUUCUCAUCCAGAGCAAAUUCCGAAGUUACUAUGAGCAGAAAAAAUUCCAGCAGAGCCGACGAGCCGCGAUGCUGAUCCAGCAGUACUAUCGCAGCUACAAAGAAUGUGGGAAGAGGAGGCAAAACCGUCGGGCAGCCACCAUUGUACAACAGAAACUCAGAAGCAGUCUGCUUACCAAGAAGCAGGAUCAAGCUGCUCGCAAGAUUAUGCGGUUUUUACGACGCUGCCGCCACAGCCCACUGGUGGACCAUAGGCUGUACAAAAGGGGGCUGAAUGUAUUUGGAGCUCAAACGGGUGUGUUAAAUCGCAGACCGCAUGCUCUGGGGUGUCAUUCUUAUUGGGCCUUUCUGUCUUUUUUGUUUUGCUGCCCAAAUGAGAUAUCUGGAAAAAGGCGAGAGCUCCCUUUUCUUAAAUGUCCCACAGGCCAUUUCAGCUCUCAGAGCAACAGAGUGAAAGAAUUGAAAAAGGCCAAGGAACUUGAAGAUCCGCAGCAGCAUCCCGUAGCAAUGUGACAUUGCUUUUCAGACUGUUUUCAUUUUCUGUUUUUAGCAGAGACAUGCAACAGCAACAACAACAAAAAUACCCACUGCAGUUCUGGAAAUACCAGCUGCAGGAUUUUAACAGUAAUGUUUUGGUCAUUGCAUUUGCACUUUCAUGGACAACUUUUAAUUUGUUCAGCAAGACAUCUUGGAACUCAAUCUUCUGUUGGAUCAUGGGGAAAACAAAAGACACCAGGAGGAAAUUGUGAGUUGCUUCAUUCUCCGAGAAGGAAGAAGCGAUUAAUUAUCCUUUUCAUAUAGGGCUGUAUUAAACAACAUGUGGAACUGUACAAAUACUAUACCAAAAAUAUUGUUGAGAAAAGGUGGGAAUGCACAAGCAACACAAGAAUGCUGUUCCUGCACCUGUCAGUCAUCUCCAAGAAACUGAAGCUUUGAGAGUCUCAGUGGAGGGGCUUAGAUCAGGACAUCUUUAUUGGGUCCAUGCAUCCUCAUUUCCUUCGCACUCCUGUCCUUUGUGUUUGAUUUCAAUCUCUACAGCACACUUAAUGCAACUUUUUAAAUCUGCAGGUUUUUAAUACAUCCCGUGGGAACGUACAGAAGGGGUUGGUGUGUGAGAUAAACGGGUAACGCGUGAGGAACCGAGAGAGCAGCUUACGCACGUUUUAAAACGUUUUUUUGGUAUUUUUACUAGAACCUGCAAACAUAUCAAUUGUCACGUACUUUCUCUCAUAUUCAGCACUUUAUUUUGUAGCCUUACUUUCAUGUGCUAUUAUUAUUUUGAUUAAUUUCUUAAAAGAGUUGGUCCAACAUGUAGCUUUUUCUCUUAAGUACUUGUCAAACCUCUUGUCGUUUUGCAGAGUCACAUACAUAUGUUGCCUGGACAUUUUAUACCACCUAAAGAUCAGAGUGGUGCUGCAUUCUGGCCAGUAAAUUUCUUAUUUUGGCUACUUCAUCAAAAUCUGGGCAGUUUCUGUAUAUAUAGAAGGUAGAAAUGGAAAAUGAGAAAAAAAUAUUUGAAAGGGAAUAUAUUGAUUAAUUACUAAAUAUUUUAUUCACAAAGGGUCAAUAACUUGGCAAGAUAAAAUUAUUAUUUGUAUAGUUUUGUCUGAAUGAACGAGAAGAGUGUGGAUGUAUUGUUUGUACAUAUUGUAUAUAUUAAAACAAAGAGAUAUGUGCAUGAACUCAAGAAAAAGAAAUGAACAAAGCAAAGCAUUAGUGGCUAUGGUCUGUAAAAUGAAACAAAAACUUUAUUUCACUAUAAGAAACUUUAUUUUAAAUGUUCUUUAGAAGAACAUUUUUGCUAAAGCAUGACUAAAUGGCAAAAAAGAGCUACUGUAUUUAGACUUAGGAAAAAAAGGCAGAGCAACAUUACUUAAAAAAAAAAAAGAAAAAAAAAAAGAAAAAAAAAGGAUAUGUUUACAUUUGAUUUUGGCUACCAGGAGUUUGGUUUGGUUGGAUUUAAUUUAUUGAUUCCUUCCUUCUUUUUUUUUUUUUUUUUCCCCCGUCUUUCUUUUUUUUUGCCAAUGGUGCCAAGUAAUGUGAAUGCUAAUAUUGCUUAAGAAAAUUAAGUUACUUUUGCAAAGCAGAUAAUCAUAAGAGUACAGAAACCGUAUCUAGCUUAACACCAUACACUCACUCCGAUAAAGAACACUUAGAAUGAACAUAAACUGAAAAAAAAAAAAAAAAAAUAGUACAAAAGUAGAAAAUAUGUUUCACAUUUUCAUAUCUCCUGCUGGAAGUCAGAAAAUGUCAUAAAAAUUGCACAAAAAAUUUAAAAAAAUAAAGUAAAACGUAAAAAAAGAUGCAAACUGAUCUUGUAGGGGUGUCAUGGUAUAUUGCUAUUUCCACAUAGUGAGGAGCCAAAGAAAUUAGGGUUUUUUUAAAUUGAACUACUAAUUUAAAACCGUCACACGUUCUCAACGACGGGAACCAGGUUCUGAUCUUUCUUACACAGGAAUGUAAUGGAAGAAACUCCUGAAGUCCGUGUUGCUACUGUGGGUUACGUACAUGUGUCUGAGAUCAGAAACUGCUCCUGUGUGUUUGUUUUGCUCGUGGCAUUUUCAAAUUGCCGAACGGACUGGUGUAAAUUUAAGAUUGUUAGUUUUGGAAUAGUUGUUCUUGCUUGAUCCCGGCCACCAACUACAAUGUUUAAACACAAGGCUUGUUGUGAAGCCUAAAAAUAUUCACACGUAAGAAGCUUUUAAACUGGUGUCUUUAAAAGAAGAGUAAAAACAAAGAUUGUGGCAAAAAAACUGGGGUCAGUGCUCUUGGUGCCUUUUCUAUAAUUGUACCUGUUUUUAAUUCCUUCUUUUCACUGCCAGCAUUGAAUUACAGUAGAUGUGCUAUAGCUCAUUAUCAGAAUUCUCUUGUACAUUUCUGAACUGCUGCUUUAUGACCUAAUUCAAUUUGGAAAAAAAAAAAAAAAAAGGAAAAAAGAAAAACGAAUGGCCUGGCGCUCACACUGUGCCUGUGGGCAGCCUCAUAGCCUUGAUUUACUGUAUGGAAUUGGGACCUUAACCAUUAAAUUUUCCUCUCGCGCAAAAACAGAACAGGAGACGCCGAAGAAUCUCCUUUGGAAUGAAUUGGAAAUGCUCUGUAUUAAUACUGGAAGAACUGACAUUUUGAAAUCAAAAUGUUGCUCCCAUUGACCGAUACGUGACAAUAUAGAAUCGACCUUUUCCUAACAAGAGUAGUGACCUCAGUGGAAAUGUUUUAACUCCCUCUCUUUACCGAAAAAGAUUCAGUAAUAUACAGAGCUAUUUCAAAUUACUCUUCCAGAUCCAUGGGCCUGGUGGUGUAUCUACUAAUCUAGAUCCUGCUUCAGCCAAACGUUUAAGCGUGUACUUGCUGUUAACCAUGCAAGCAAUUCCACAGGCGCAACAGAACUACUUGCAUGCUUGAAGCGAAGUACAGCUUCCAAGUGCUUUGUUGUGUCGGGCCAUAACCCUUCAGUGUAUCGCUGGGGAGUGAGAAAGGCUCCCCCCGCAGUGAAGUGAUUCUGCUCACCCUUUUCUUGGUUGUGGAACUUAACGUUUUCACGGAAGAUAAGUAAGUGCAGCUUUCCGGGAAAAUUCGAAUUCCCAAGUGCCAGGAGCCAGAUCUUCUGUCUUCUGAUAAUGGAAUUGCUCCUUUGUGAAACACAUUCGACAGCAGUAAUACUGUGUGAAAGAAAUACAGAAUAUAACAUGAACCCCCUCUCUGGUUGCACGCUUAUGGCAGUUCCACACAAUAGCUGGUGCCCAAUGGGGGGUCCCCAAGACUUGCAUGUAAAACUAGUAUAGAUGUCUUCUCUUUUGUAAGUUUUAUUUUUGUAACCGUGCAUGUAAAGCAUCACUGAAUCAAUGGAUCUGUUGAAGAACUCAGCUGCUGGAACCAUGCAAAAUGUUUUGAAUUGCCCUUAAAAUAUGGAAAAUGUUUUCUGAAUGCUUUAUAUUCUUUCUGCUGUAAAUUAAAAACAAAGAAAAUUUCCCCA